AUGUGGAGUAUCGGAGUCGUCACCUACUUGUUGCUCACUGGUCAUAGCCCCUUCAACCUGGCCCUGACCAUCUCGGACCCUGUGGAAAGAGAGGAGGAGGUGAUGCGGCUCGCGGCUUUCGGGCAGUUGAACACAUCCACGAAGGCAUGGUCGUCAGAUUUGUCCCACUUGGCACGGGAGUUUAUCCUUGCCUGUGCUCAAGCAGAUCCCGCAAAGCGAUUUUCGCCCGCAGAUGCCCUGAAUCACGGCUUUCUUUCUUCAAGCUCGACAGCUACACAAUUUGUAGGCUUCAGGCCGGCCGCUUUGUUUCUGGCAUUUCUCAUGCCAGAGCCAUGGAAAGGCUUUGCUCAUCUCCGUCAAUGGAUGACUUGUCGGCAAGGCGCGGCAGGUGCUGGUUGCACGGGCUAUGCUCGAAGUGGAUUGCAGCCAAGUCACGCGAAUGUGACAGUCAACUGCUGGCCAGCGAGUGUAAGAAAGUUUUGCGUGUCUUCAUGGGCCGGGCAUUGGUGGGCUCUGAAUUUGUUUCAUAAACAGUUCCGAACGCAAAGCUUGAAACGAAAUGAAGGAUGGACCUGGAGACGAUAG